UCUUUCUCUUACGUCAUCUUCGUGUCCUCCUUCAGGCGACACUCCACUCCACUCCUCCUCUUUGCCAAAACCUCAAAUCGGACGACUGUAAUUCGAUAAACCCUAACUUUGGAAGAAGAAGAAGAUGAAACUCGCCCAUUCCGCUAUUCGUUCCAUAAACGACGUAGCUUCUUCCCUCAGACCAUGUCGUCCUUUCGUAUCCAGAAGCCUUUCAACCAACAACCCUAAUCAAGGUAAACCCAAUCUCUCCAUCCACAUUUCCCUCGCACUUACAUUAAAUCCAAUUCGAAACGAAUCAGAUCCAAUCAAGAACCGAUCUCCUUUCGACUCAUCAUCAUCAGACGAUUGGAUGUUUGGUGGUGGACAAACAGACAACGAUACCAGCGGCUUCUUCCAGCAUCUUGGCAAGGCCGAGAAGGAUAAACGAGACUACACAGGGUUAAGUAGACCACCACAGAGAAACGGUUCGAGAUUCUCAUCCUCCCGAGGUUCCGUGAACAGAGACGAGACUUUCGAGCCUUCGUCCGAUGGCGUCGAUGGUAAAUUGAAGAAAGCUGCGUUGAUUUACAACGUGGAUGAUGACGAAGGCGGCGUGAAGGAUGGUUACUCGUUUAGGCCCGAUGUUAAUCACUUCCCUAGAGAUAUAAACUAUAGAAGGCAGAUGCAAAAACCUAGGCUGAAUAACAAGGCCGAGAUGUUAACUACCGAAGAUGUUCUCAAGAAAGCUGAUUUCAGGAAUGUUCGGUUUCUUGCACAGUUCAUCACCGAAGCUGGGAUUCUCGUCAAGAGAAAGCAGACUGGCAUCAGUGCCAAGGCACAAAGGAAAAUUGCUAGAGAGAUCAAGACGGCCCGUGCAUUUGGACUGAUGCCUUUCACAACAAUGGGUACCAAGGCUUUUACAUUUGGGAAAACCAUGGAGAACAGAGACCAAGAUUUCGAGUAUGAAGUGGUUGACGAUGAUGAUGAGUAUGAUGACAACACACCUGAGUGAGGUCUUGUUUUUCAUUUUUUUGGUUUUUGAUCGGUCCAUAUUUUGAAUAAUCGAUGGUAGCAAGUUGAGUAUAUACGUGAUUGACUGUAUUUCUUUCAGUAGCUGCUCUUCAGUUGAGGAUAAAAUUUGUAUUUUAUUUUCUUUAAUUUUGUUACUUUGGAAGUUCAGGGCAUGACUGAUCAGUAUCUUGGUCUCUGAUUCCAAACAUUACUCUGUAAGAUUAUGGUUACCUUAUUCUACAAAUCAAGUCAUAAUCAAGUGUUA